GGCAGGUGGCGGAACGGAAUACAAACAUUGCAAUGUAGUGCUCAAUGUUUAUAUGCCGUAAGCUGUUAAACGUUGCGGUCAAUUUCACAAUUCUCAAUUCACUUCCAUGUGCUAUUGACAUAUUUCGCUGGUUAUAGAAUAAACAUUACAAGCAGUAAUACAUCGUUACUAUGGAGUUCCAACAGUUUGAUUUGAGAAAAAUCGCCCACGAACAAAUCGUGAAAAUUGACAAUAAAUUGUUGCCUGUCGGUCAACAAGAUGAUCCAGAAUUACAAGCUGCUAUCUCAAAAAUAUUAGAUGAUGUGGGAUUAGCCUCGGGUAUAGCUCAAGAUUUAAAAAUGCCAAUUACGUCUGCUGAAAAAUUGAGGCGUUCAGAUCACACCCUUUACCUAAUGACUGAAAUAACCUCUGAAGGGCAUCUCGUUGUGGUCGGAUUAUUAAAAAUGGGUUGGAAAAAGUUAUAUUUAUUUGAUAGAAAAGGAAAACGCACCGAAGCAAUGGUAUAUUGCUUACUUGAUUUCUAUAUUCAUGAAACUAGACAACGUCAUGGCUAUGGAAUUACACUUCUGAAUCAUAUGCUCAGGGAAAAUCGAGUUCAAGCUAAACAGUUGGCCAUUGACCAGCCGACUAACAAACUUUUACAGUUUAUGUGGAAACACUUUGGCCUAUCUAAACUGGUGAAUCAGGGAAAUAAUUUUGUAAUUUUUGAAGAAUUUUUCGACACACCGGCUGAAUCAGAUAUAAGGGAACACAGCGAGGUUGAUAAUCGGUCAGGUGGAUAUAAAAGUCAAGCAACGUUUGGUCGGCACGGUGCCUCUAGGCAGCAAGAUUGUAUGGCUGAUAUACUAUAUGGCAAUAACGGAGUUGGGCAUACAAUUAUAACUGAAAAGAAAGAAGAUAAUCAGGUCGAAAUUGAGGUAAAUAAUCAAGCUAAAGCCGCAAGCCAAAAUCAUGAAGUAGAUGCUAACAGCUAUCAUAAAACUGAUGACAGCCAAAGAUUAGAUCUCAAAAACUAUCACACUCAACUUUGGUAAAUCUAAAGAGUUUUAAUAGGUGGCAGCUUUUUAAUUUAAUAAAAAAAAAAAAUUAUGUAGAUUUUAUAUUUUAUAAUAUACCUACAUUAUUAUUAUUAUAUAUUAUAAAACCUAUUAUUAACUAUUAUAAUAUGUUUAUAUUAACACUUAAUCAUAUACUCAACUAUUAUUUUGUAAUGACACUGUGAUCACUUUAAAAAAAUAAUACUAAA